GCGAAAACGAAAAUCCGCGCAUCAUUUAGUUUCCUGGGGAUAAUGUCCGGCAAUGUUGGGAUGGAACAGCUUAUUCCGUUGGUUAACCGACUGCAAGAUGCAUUCUCCUCACUGGGAGUCCCACUCAACUUGGACUUACCUCAGAUCGCUGUUGUCGGAAGCCAAAGCGCAGGAAAAAGCAGUGUUUUAGAAAAUUUUGUUGGCCGAGACUUUCUCCCUCGUGGAAGUGGGAUUGUCACACGCCGACCCUUAGUGUUGCAACUGAUCAAUUCGCGCAAUGAAUAUGCUGAAUUCUUACACUGUAAAAACAAGCAGUUUACAGAUUUUGAUGAGGUUCGCAAGGAAAUAGAGGCCGAGACAGAUCGACUAACUGGAAGUAACAAAGGAAUAUCAAAUAGUCCUAUUAACCUACGGGUUUACUCUCCUAAUGUUCUCAACCUAACUUUGAUUGACUUACCUGGAAUGACUAAAGUCCCUGUUGGCGAUCAACCUCUAGAUAUUGAAGUCCAGAUCAGAUCAAUGAUUUUGGAAUUUAUUACACAGGAAAAUUGUUUGAUUUUGGCUGUUUCUCCAGCAAAUUCCGAUCUAGCCAAUUCAGAUGCGUUAAAGUUGUCCAAAGAAGUGGACCCUCAAGGUUUACGAACAAUAGGAGUAGUAACAAAGUUGGAUUUAAUGGAUCAGGGUACGGAUGCUCGCGAAGUCUUGGAAAAUCGUCUUCUACCACUUAGAAGAGGUUAUAUCGGUGUGGUUAAUCGUAGUCAGCGGGAUAUUGAAGGUCGUAAAGAUAUUAAAGCAGCUUUAGCAGCUGAAAGAAAAUUUUUUCUAAGCCAUCCAUCAUAUCGUCAUAUGGCUGAUAGAAUGGGUACACCAUUUUUGCAAUCUACAUUAAAUCAACAGUUAACCAAUCAUAUUCGAGAUACUUUACCUGGUCUAAGAAAUAAACUACAAUCGCAAAUGUUAGCUAUGGAAAAAGAAGUUGAAGAAUAUAAGCAUUACAAACCUAGUGAUCCGUCUUUUAAAACUAAAGCUUUGCUAUUAACAGUGCAAAGUUUUGAAAAAGAUUUUCAUCAUGCAAUUGAUGGUGGAGGUGCAGAAAUCGAUACAAAAACACUAUCUGGUGGUGCAUUAAUUAAUCGUAUAUUUCAUGAGCGUUUACCAUAUGAAAUGAAUAAAAUCGAAACGGAUGAAGAAGAAUUACGAAAAGAAAUAAGUUAUGCAAUUCGUAAUAUACAUGGUAUUAGAACUGGACUGUUCACGCCUGAUAUGGCUUUCGAAACUAUAACUCGUAAACAAAUUGAUAAAAUGAAAAUACCGUCAUUGAAAUGUGCUGAUUUAGUUGUGGCUCAGUUGACUGAAAUUGUGCAUGCAUGUACUGCACGCAUGGAGAAUUUUCCACGUUUAAGAGAAGAAACAGAACGUAUUGUAAAUCAGUGGAUUCGAGAAAGAGAAAUUCGUGCCCGAGAUCAAAUUGUACUUUUGGUUGAUAUACAAUUAUCUUAUAUGAAUACCAAUCAUGAAGAUUUUAUAGGUUUUGAAAGUGCAGAACAACAAUCGUCAGAAGUGACAAAAAAUAAACCUGGAAAUAAGAUCAGCUCAGUAAUUCGUAAAGGUUGGUUAUCUUUGCAAAAUGUUACUUUACUUCGUGGAGGUAGCAAAGAUUUUUGGUUUGUAUUAAAUACUGAAUCGUUAACUUGGUAUAAAGACGAUGAAGAGAAAGAAAAACGUUAUGUUCUCUUAUUGGAUGGUUUAAAAAUACGUGAUAUUGAAACAGGAUUUUUUGGUAAAAAACAUGUUUUUGCACUAUUCUAUCCGGAUAAUCGUAAUGUUUACAAAGACUAUAAACAAGUGGAAUUGUGCGCUGAAUCAGCUGAAUCAGUUGAUUCAUGGAAAGCAUCAUUUUUGCGUGCUGGUGUUCGUCCUGCUAUAACUAAAUCAGAAAAAACAGAUCAAUCUGACAAUUCAUCGAUUGAAUCAAGUGAGCCACAACUUGAACGUCAAGUAGAAAUUAUACGAAAUCUAGUCGAUUCGUACAUGAAAAUUGUGAUUAAAACACAAUUAGAUUUGGUACCGAAAUUGUUAAUGCAUUUACUUGUUAAUGAGAUUAAAACUUUCCUGAAAGGUGAACUGUUGCCAAAUUUAUAUCAAGCUGGUGACUUGAAUUCUCUAAUGUCCGAAUCGUUGGGCGUACAACAAAAACGCGAAGAAAUGAUUCGCGUAUAUGAUGCUAUGAAAGAAGCAUUGAAUAUUAUCAGUGAAGUGUCUAUGUCCACUGUAUCAACACCAAUUCCACCGCCAGUUAAUGAUGACUGGUUACAGAAUGACAUUUCAGGAGGAGGAUUAGCUGCUCCUGUUUCUUCUACAGGUGCACCACCUCCUAGUCCAACAUCUAAUCGUCGUCCACCGGCUCCACCUCCUCCUGGUGGAUGGAAUCCUACAAGUAAUACAGGUUCAAUCAAAGGCUCUGCUUCUAGGCAAGUGCCACCAGCUCCUGCUAAAACAAGUACUGGACAAUUACCUUCUCCAUUAAUUCCGCAACGAUUAUAUCCAACUGAUAUGUUCUCUAUCGUCAAAGAUUCCGAUUCUCCUGGAUUAAUUAACUCUAUGACCAAUUAUCCACCUCUUGUACCACCUUCCAUUCCUGCGCGUCGUUGAUAUGAUAUACAUACAUUCAUGCAUACAUGCUUACCUUAUGGAUGAUGUCUUUGAUCAAUAAUAUUGCAUCACUCCAAAAAGAAUUUUCUUAUCCGAAUAAUGAUAAUAAUAAUAAUAUUAAAAUGCCAAUGAAACUAAUUUAUUCACAAAAUGAAUAUUUACAUUUUCUCCUAAUUAUUUAACAAUUAUAUUAUUGUGAAAUAAUAUGCUCGGUUGUGACGAGUCUGGACUAACAAUUUUAUGCAUUUCAACAUGUUUCUUCAUUGAAUUUUAUAGAUACAUAUAGAUCUAUAUAUAUAUAUAUAUAUAUAUAUAUAUAUAUAUAUACCAGCUUCAUGCAUGUUCGCACACAAAACACACACACACGCAUAUAUGUGUAUGUAUGCGUGUGUGUGUGUGUGUAUGUUUUCUGUUGCUUUCUCUACUUUCUGCUUUAUCUCCCUUUCUCUCCCUCUCUCUCUCUCUAUUUCUCUGUUUCUUGUCUAUUCAUGUUAUAUCGGCUAACAAUGGUGACAGUAGAGAAUUAUUAUUAUUAUUAUUUAAAAAUAAGUUUAUUAAAGUUUUCCAAUGUUUAAUCAUCGAUAAGUUCUUUUUUUUCUCUGUUCUUGUUUUCUUGUUUGCAUAAAUUCGAUUUUUUUUUAAUGUACAAAAAAGUAAACAAACCAACAAACUACUCACUAAACUUCACUGCAUAAUAAUCAAUAUUUGGUACUAUAGGUAUUUCUUCACCAUUGCAUAAAUUAUUUUAAGUGUUUUGUUCGUUUUUUUUAACAACAACAAAAAAAACUAUAUAUAUAUAUAUAUAUAUAUAUAUAUAUCAAUAUCAUUCACCAAUUUCAUCUUCAUCAUCAUCAAUCAGCAUCCACUAUCUUCAAGUCAAUUUUUUUGUUCUUCAAAGCACAACAUACUUCUUAACACAAACUAAACUGGGUUUUAGGAUUAUUGUUUUGAUUGGUUGAUUGAUUGUUGGUUAGAAUUUCCUUGUUAUACAUUAUUAUUAUUAUUAUUGUUGUUGUAGUUAUUCGCUGAUCAUUAUUAAUAUCAACAAUAUAAAAUGCCUAAAAUCUUACCUUACCUUACCUUAUCUUAUUCUUGUUAUCAACGAUAACAAGCAUAAUAAUAAUAAUAAUAAUAAGAUCAUUGUGUUAAAUUGGUUGAGCAAAUAAUGUUACUAUUCAUUCCUUUAUGUUAUAAAAAUAUAUGCA